AAAUCGCUCAAAGCAACUUCCUAAACUUGAUGGUACGCUCUCAAGUUUCGCGGGUUUGCCCUUAAAUUUCUUCAUCGUCAUCAUCCUCAUCGUCUUCGUCUUUGUUGCUAAACUCUGUGUGCUUUCCUCUUCGGUCGAUGGCUCCAACAUAGAGAAGCUUUGCUCGACAUUUAAGGAAGUUACUAAUGGGCCCAACAAGAAAAUCUAGAAGUGUGAAGAAGCAUUUUUCUUAUGUUGAUGAGGUCUCUCCUAGUAAAGAUGGUGAGAAUGUGAACAAAAGUAGGCAGCGGAAGAGGAAGCUGUCAGAUAAAUUAGGCACUCAAUGGAGCAAGGAAGAGCUAGAACGUUUCUAUGAAGCUUAUCGUAAGUAUGGGAGAGAGUGGAAGAAGGUGGCUGCCAUGGUACGUAACAGAUCAGUGGAAAUGGUUGAGGCCCUUUAUAAUAUGAAUAGGGCCUACUUAUCUCUUCCAGAGGGCACUGCUUCUGUGGUUGGACUAAUAGCAAUGAUGACAGAUCAUUACUGUGUUUUGGGAGGAAGUGAUAGUGAACAAGAAAGCAAUGGUGGUACAGGAACAUGUCAAAAACCUCAGAAACGAGGUCAGGAAAACUUUCAGAACAACACUUUAAGAGGAUUUGAUGGAUGCUCUGCAGAUCUUUCACCGUCCCAGUCUCUUGCAUCAAGUUAUGGUUGCCUCUCAUUGUUGAAAAAGAUACGCUCUGAUGGAAGCCAAACACGUGCUGUCGGGAAAAGGACACCCCGCUUCCCUGUUUCAUAUUCCUACCGUAAAGAUAAAGGGGAGAAGUUUUAUUCAGCAGCCAAGGAAGGUCAGAAACUAAAGGUGGAUGCAAAUGAUGAUGUUGCUCAUGAGGUUGCUUUAGCACUGGCGGAGGCUUCACAGAGAGGUGGUUCUCCUCAAGUUUCUCAGAUCCGUAAUAGAAGAACAGAGGAUUUUAUGUCAUCUCUGCGGAAUGGAGAAAGUGUGCAUGCUGAAUCAGAAAAGAUUGGUCUGCUUGUGAAUAAUGAAAUGGAUGAGGAUGGUUUUGAAGGAAGCAUAGGAAGCAUGGAAGGUGAUAAUGAUGACUAUGCGAGGUGUAAAAGUUAUUUGAUUGGUACUGAAGAUGUUGGCACAGUAGAUGUUCAAGAAAAAGGGAAUAAAUACUGUGGUAAGAUGUCAGAAUUUGUAGAUGGUGGAAACAAUCAUGAUGUAAAGGAAGCCUGUAGUGGGACGGAAGAACAAAAGUCUUAUAUUGCUCGAAGAAAAGUUGGAAUGGAGGUUGUGGAUGCAAAAGUUGCACUAUCUUCUCCUCAGGGUCCAAGAAAGAGAAGCAGAAAAGUUCUUUUUGGGGGAGAUGAGGGCCUUGCUUUUGAUGCCCUGCAAACCUUGGCAGAUUUGUCUUUGAUGAUGCCAGAUACAACCGAUACUGAGUCGUCCGUUCUGGUGAAGGACAAAAAAGAUGACAAUGCUGGGUUGCAAGAAACUAUGCCUGUUAUCCACAACAAAAAGGUUCAAACUUCAGGGUCUAAAAUGAGAGGAAUUUGUAUUAUUCCUGGAGUCAGUGAUACGACCCUUGAAAAAUCUAAGCAAGCUAAUGCUGCUUCUGAAGUAAUGAGGGGACGUCAUCAAUCUAUCCCCAGAAUGCAGAGAAGAAAACAAAAGGCUUUGGCAUUCAAAAUUCCACAGAGUGAAGCUCAGACUGAUUCUCAUGUGAAUGAAUCUCUAAAAAUUGAGACUUCAGAUGAAGGAAAGAAGUCUAUGAAUAAAGGUAAAUGCGCUUCUCAUAAUGCUUCAUGCCCCAAACAAGGGAAAUCUGUGAAAUCUUCAAAACAUUCCCCAAGUUCUGUUCUUAAAAGGGAAGGAAACAUAUCUACUGUAUCAACAGUACAGGCAAGUCAGGUUACCUUACCUACCAAAGUCAGGAGUAGGCGUAAAACAGACAUACAGAAACCAUUUAUUCAUAAAGAGUUGAAGACCUCUUCUGAAAAUACUGUCAAUGGUCAGCCUAAUGUAUCCAUUCCUUCAUUCCAUGACAAGACCCAAUGCCCUGAGGAAAAGCUUUCUAAGUGCCUUUCUUGGUAUCAAUUCCGGAGAUGGUGUACUUUUGAAUGGUUCUACAGUGCAAUUGAUUACCCUUGGUUUGCCAAACAGGAGUUUGUGGAAUACUUGCAUCAUGUUGGAUUAGGCCAUGUUUCAAGAUUGACACGUGUUGAGUGGGGGGUCAUAAGGAGUUCCCUUGGCAAACCACGGAGGUUUUCUAAACAAUUUCUGAAGGAAGAAAAGGAGAAGCUUAAUGAAUACAGAAGUUCUGUUAGAAUGCAUUAUGCUGCACUUCAUUCUGGUGUUAGGGAAGGACUUCCUACUGAUGUAGCUCAGCCUUUAUCAGUUGGACAGCGUGCUGUUGCUUUCCAUCCCAGGACAAGAGAGGUUCAUGAUGGUAGUGUACUAACAGUUGAUUGUACGAGGUGUCAGAUCCAGUUUGACCAGCCUGAAUUAGGGGUUGAAUUUAUCAUGGAUAUAGAUUGCAUGCCCUCAAAUCCUAUGGAAAAUAUGCCUGCAUCUCUUAAAAGAAACAGUGUCACUGCUGUGGCACCUGUUACAAGAAACAGCAUCGCUAUCAAUAAAUUCUUUGAGAAUUCAAGUGAACUGAAUGUGACCAGACAACUAAGAGAUCAGAACUUGGGAAACAUGAAAUUCAUUCCGUGCAAGAACCUGGAGAAUGUUGAUGGUAUGUAUUGUAUUUCCUCACCAGCUUCUCCCACGAUCAGUUCAUCAAAGCGAGCAAAGGAUGGAUUAACAACUGCUAAUGACAAGGUUGGAUGUAAUGGAAUGGCUAUUAACCAACAAGCAGCAAAUUCUCAGCCGGCUCAUGUCCAAGCCAAGGAAGCUGAUGUCCAUGCUAUCUCUGAACUGACGCACGCUCUUGACAAAAAGGAAGCACUGGUGUCUGAACUGAGACGCAUGAAUGAUGAGGUGUUGGAAAACCAAAAAUAUGGAGACAAUUCCCUCAAGGAUUCAGAGCUUUUUAAAAAGCAAUAUGCUGCUGUGCUUGUCCAGUUGGACCAAGUAGAUACACAGGUUUCUUGUGCUCUGCUUUGCCUAAGGCAGCGCAAUACAUAUCAAGGAAAUUACCUCACUACAAGACUGAGUCCUGUAGAUAGUUUUGGUGACCUUUGUAAUCACUUGAGCUCUUUCAGUUGUAUUGCAUCUCACUCGCAAGAGUUGAGAUCUCCUGUGUCUGAUAUUGUUGAAAGCUCGAGAACAAAAGCCCAAACAAUGGUUGAUGUGGCUGUGCAGGCAAUGUCAUCAUUGAUGGGUGGAGGACAUGAUGCUGAGAGGAUUGAGAAAGUUAUAGAUUAUGUGAGCAACCAGCUUUCAGUUGAUGAUUCCAGUGAUUCCAGAAUGCCAGCUACAAGAACAAUUGUACCUGCAGAUCCAGUUCAUGGCAGCUUGGCUUCUCAGGAUCUAUCGUCUUCCUGUACAUCCAGUUCCCCAGCAAAUGGUCAUGAACUGGCUUCUAAGUUAAAUAAUGCAUCAGAACAAAGUGAAGCAAAAAUUCCUUCAGAACUUAUCGCACAAUGUGUAGCUACCUUGCUCAUGAUUCAGAGGUGUACAGAAAGACAAUUUCCACCUGCUGAAGUGGCUCAGAUACUUGACUCUGCUGUUACAAGUUUGCAGCCUUGCAGUUCACAGAACCUUCCAAUUUACACAGAGAUACAGAAGUGCAUGGGGAUCAUACGGAACCAAAUAUUGGCACUUAUACCUAUCUAGGUCACUCAUCCAACUUUUUUCUGGAUUUUGCAAAUCUGCAAUAUCAGACAUAUGUUCAGGUCUUUUGUCCUCGGAUUUUGGAUGUCCUUAUUAAGCUUCCCCAACCACCCACUCCAACAUUCAUUUGCUAAUGUAGACUGAAGUGAACUCUGUAAUGUUGUUUCCAAUAUAUGAAAAUUACCUUAUCUUCCA